ACGUCAAUUAUUCCGCGUUGUCCUGAACGUGGCAUCGAGGAGGUGCUGCGCCCAUUCUGAUUCAUUUUUGGUCUCUGCCUAGCAGCUGCUACCGGAUUAACCGGUCGAAACUUCCCCCUGUCAGGUUUUUAAUUUUUCCGACUUUAAACCGGGAAAUAUUAGUAAAAUGGGUCUAACGAUCUCGUCGCUGUUCUCCAGGGUCUUUGGCAAGAAGCAGAUGAGGAUCCUGAUGGUGGGUUUGGACGCAGCUGGAAAAACGACGAUCCUGUACAAACUGAAGCUCGGAGAGAUCGUCACCACCAUCCCAACUAUCGGCUUUAACGUGGAGACGGUGGAGUACAAGAACAUCUGUUUCACAGUCUGGGAUGUCGGUGGUCAGGACAAGAUCAGACCUCUGUGGAGACACUACUUCCAGAACACACAGGGUCUGAUCUUUGUAGUGGACAGUAAUGACAGAGAGCGUGUAGCAGAGUCUGCUGAGGAACUUUCCAAGAUGAUCCAGGAAGACGAGUUGAAGGAGGCGGUUCUUCUGGUGUUCGCCAACAAACAGGAUCUUCCCAACGCCAUGGGUGUCAGUGAACUCACCGACAAACUGGGUCUGCACAGCCUGCGCAGCAGAACUUGGCACGUUCAAGCCACCUGUGCCACUCAGGGUACAGGUCUGUACGAGGGACUUGACUGGCUGUCCAAUGAGCUGUCAAAACGUUAACCACCUGAUGGGUAGCAGGAAGCAGCAGACUGAUGUCACUGACUGAUGUCAUCAUGUACAAACUGAGGAGAAGGAUGUGCAUUUCACAGGACUUUUUUUUUUUAAGUUAUGUCUGUAGGAGGAAGUGAUGACAUGGACUCUGAGCUCACCUUGAUUUCCCAUUAUCCUCUUCUGUUUUUCCUGCAGAUGUUAGGUCUUUUUUUUUUCUUUUAAUUUGCAUGUUUUAACUGAAUCAUGUGACAGGAAGUAGAAUGGGGUGGGGCUUAAGACAGGUGACAAUCACCUGGUCAUGUGAUGACUCAUUCCACAGAGCCGAACCUGAAGGCCUCAUCAUUCCUUUUUAAUGUGAAGAAGAAAUGGUGAGACAACGAUGCAAUAAAGGGUUUUAUGUUUGAAAGA